AUGAUGAACGAUUCACACGCAGAAGUAAUGGCAAGGAGGAGCUUUCUCAAGUUUCUAUACCAGCACCCAGAACCUACGGAGGAUGGUCAGCGCAUCCGCAUCAAGCCGGACGUCUCUUUCCACCAGCACAUUUCCACCGCGCCCUGUGGCGACGAGGCCCAUUUCGCCCACACGACAAAGCCAGACGACAAGAACAAGACACAGGAUCAGAACAGCGAACAGCAUCACCCACUCUUCACCAAGAGCUGCCAGGGGCUCCUGCGAACAAAGCUGGAAGCAGGCGAAGGCACGGUCCCCGUGGAUCUGAAUACAGACUACCAGACCUGGGAUGCCAUCCUGUAAGUUGAACGACUGCGUACCAUGUCCUGCAAUGAUAAGAUUGCUCGCUGGAAUGCUCUCCAUCUGCAAGAGGCUCUGCUCAGCCACUUUCUGCAGCCUGUCUAUCUGAGCUCCAUCACCCUGGGUAAUCUGUAUCACCACGUGCACCUGUCUCGGGCGGUCUGUUGCAAUCUGGAAGGAGAGCCCGGGCUGGACAGCCUGUUGCUGACACGCUACACCCUGCACCACCCGACACUGGGCUGCGUGAGCGGCCACAACCCACCCCGCGACACCGAGAAUGAAUGA